AGUAGCUUAUUAUUUUAUUUCGCUAAGCUUGUUUUCCACAACAAAGUUGGGCCACCAUACACAAAACACACAUGAACUAAACAACACCUUUACAUCACCAACCGUUCCUUCUCAACCAUCGUAUCCUUCAACCUUCUCCGCCGGUGAUCGGAACUUGUUUUGACGUAAAAUAAGAAAAGAUGUGGGGGAUUUUAAGGCAAAAAGCCGGAGGAGUUACCGGAUUAUCCUCUCAGGGUUUGGGGAAUCAGAUGUUGAGGUUAAGGCCUGUAGCAUCAGCUAUGAGAAGUUAUUCAUCUGCAACCAAAGAGAUGACAGUACGAGAUGCUCUAAACUCUGCUCUCGAUGAGGAAAUGGCUGCUGAUCCCAAUGUUUUUGUUAUGGGCGAAGAGGUAGGAGAAUACCAAGGUGCAUACAAGAUAACCAAGGGAUUAUUGGACAAAUAUGGUCCAGAAAGGGUUGUUGAUACCCCUAUCACAGAGGCUGGGUUUGCUGGGAUAGGAGUUGGUUCUGCGUAUCACGGUUUGAGGCCCGUGAUUGAGUUUAUGACUUUCAACUUCUCUAUGCAGGCGAUUGAUCAUGUCAUCAAUUCUGCAGCAAAGUCAAACUACAUGUCUGCUGGGCAGAUUAAUGUACCCAUUGUUUUUCGCGGACCAAAUGGGCCCGCUGCUGGUGUCGGUGCUCAACAUUCGCAGUGUUAUGGUGCAUGGUUUGGGGCUGUCCCUGGUUUGAAAGUGCUUGUACCUUACUCCUCUGAAGAUGCUCGUGGGCUUCUAAAAGCUGCAAUUAGAGACCCUGAUCCCGUUGUUUUUCUUGAAAAUGAAUUGCUAUAUGGUGAAUCUUUCCCUGUUUCUGCUGAAGUUCUUGAUUCAAGUUUCUGUCUUCCUAUUGGAAAAGCAAAGAUUGAAAGAGAAGGGAAAGACGUCACAAUUACAGCUUUCUCGAAGAUGGUUGGCUAUGCUCUUAAGGCUGCUGAAAUACUUGAAAAGGACGGAAUAAAUGCAGAGGUUAUAAACCUGCGUUCUAUUCGACCACUAGAUAGAGCUACAAUCAAUGCUUCAGUUAGAAAAACUAACCGUCUGGUCACCGUUGAGGAGGGGUUCCCUCAACAUGGCAUUGGUGCUGAGAUCUGUGCAUCGGUUGUUGAAGAUAGCUUUGGUUAUCUCGAUGCACCAGUCGAGAGGAUUGCAGGGGCCGAUGUUCCCACACCUUACGCUGCCAAUCUCGAGAGAAUGGCUUUCCCUCAGAUCGAGGAUAUUGUCCGGGCGGCUAAGAGAGCAUGCUACAGGUCACCUAUGGCCGCAAAUGCAUCAUGAAAGGUAUCUAAUGGCUGACUCUUUUUUGCUUGGAGAAUGCACCUUGUGAUUUUUGAGGGGAGUAGAAGUGGGAAGCUUCAAUUUUUUCCUUCGUGGUGUAGUGUGUGAAUGAAAUUUGUAGAAUGCUGUCUCUGCGCAUGGAUUAUUAUUAUUUAAUAAGGUUGGAUGUAAAUCGCAAUGCGAGAGAUGCGAUUUCUUUAAUAAACGAAAAUUUACAAACAAAACCAAGAAUAUGAAGCCUUAGACGAUGGGCAUAAUUA